CCCCGCGGCAGAGGUGCAUUGUGUGUCGGAAAUGGGAAAACCCUGAGCCGUGAGGUUGUCGCUGCUGGCUUCAUUGAAGGAAAGAGAGUUACACGACGGCGGAGAGAGGGAAGAACAAGCAACCCUGGAGUUUUAAGCGGCGGAGACGUCAGUUCUUGGAGUUUUUUUCGCUAUGAGCUGGGGAACGGAUCUUUGGGACCAGUUCGAGAAUCUCGACAAACACACACAGUGGGGCAUCGACUUCCUAGAGCGCUAUGCAAAGUUCGUCAAGGAACGCCUGGAGAUCGAGCAGACCUAUGCAAAGCAGCUACGGAGUCUGGUUAAGAAGUAUUGCCCUAAGCGGUCCAAAGAAGAUGAGCCCAGGUUCACAUCCUGUCUGUCAUUCUACUCCAUACUGAAUGAGUUGAAUGACUACGCAGGUCAGCGAGAGGUCGUUGCUGAGGAGAUGGGGCACAAAGUGUAUGGGGAGCUGAUGAGGUACUCACAGGAUCUGAAGGGAGAGAGAAAACAUCAUCUCCAGGAGGGACGGAAAGCCCAACAGUCUCUAGACCAGUGCUGGAAACACAUGGACAACAGUAAAAAGAAGUUUGAACGGGAAUGCAAAGAAGCUGAGAAAUCACAGCUCAUCUAUGAAAGGCUAGACAGUGAUAUCAACGCCACAAAGUCAGAGGUGGAAAAGGCAAAGUCCCAGCUGUAUUUGAGACAACACAUGGCGGAGGAGAGCAAGAACGAGUAUGCAGCCCAGUUGCAAAACUUCAACUCUGAACAGUGGAAACAUUUCAACGUGGCCAUCCCUCAGAUAUUCAAGAAUCUGCAAGACAUGGAUGGACGGCGGACAGUCAAGCUUGGGGAGAUGUACCAGAGUUUUGCUGAGGUGGAACAAAGAGUCAUUCCCAUCAUCUCAAAAUGCUUGGAAGGCAUGGUUACUGCCGCUAAAAAUGUGGACGAGCGUAGGGAUUCUGGGAUUGUAGUGGAGUCAUUCAAGUCAGGGUUUGAACCCCCGGGUGAUUUCCCCUUUGAGGACUUCAGUCAGAACAUCCAGCGAACAGGAUCAGAUGGCACCAUUGGGACCCCCAAAACGGAAGGAGGCAAACCGGACCCUAAACACGCUGUUAGCAGGACCAAAAACAAACUCUGGCUUUUUGGGAAGAAACCGAAGGCACCAACACUAGAGGAUCUCAGCCACCUUCCUCCUGAACAGAGACGCAAAAAACUUCAACAGAGGAUCGAUGAGCUGAAUAAAGAACUACAGAAAGAAAUGGACCAAAGAGAUGCUCUUAACAAAAUGAAGGAUGUUUAUGAGAAGAAUCCUCAGAUGGGAGAUCCUGGAAGUCUCCAGCCCAAGAUUUCAGAGACCAUAUGCAACAUGGAGAAACUUCGCUCUGAGAUCCAUAAAAAUGAGAGUUGGCUAGCAGAGGUUGAAGGAAAGCAUGGAUCCCGUAGUGAGCGACGUGCCAGUGCAGAUGUGAACCAUCAUGCACCUCAUGGCAGAGAGAGCCCUGAAGGCAGUUACACAGAUGAUCACAGUCAGGAGCAUCGGUCUCCACCGCAGCCAGACCCACAUGAAUUUGAUUAUGAGUUUGACGAUGACGAUCCUCUCCCUGCCAUUGGCCACUGCAAAGCUCUCUACUCUUUUGAUGGCUCUAACGAAGGCACGUUGGUAAUGAAGGAGAACGAGGUGCUGUACAUCAUAGAGGAAGAUAAAGGCGACGGAUGGACAAGGGUUCGGAAACAAGGCGGAGAGGAGGGCUACGUCCCCACGUCCUACGUGGAGAUCUCACUGGAGAAAAACAGCAAAGGUUCCUGAUUGGAUGAGUGGGGUUCUGUGGUGUUUGGUGGACGGGACUCACUGCUGUGGGUCUGUUAGUGGGGUGAAUUUAAGACCGAGAUUGUGUUGGGGCAGGUUGCAUGUUUGCAUGUGGUUUGUGUCAUGGCCAUUAACAUCAUUCCAUUGCAGCAGACAUUCCAGGGAAUAUCUAGUAGGGCAUGGGAGAAUGGGGAAAGACGCUCUCGAGCAAUAAUGGAGAAGCCAAAAAGAGUCGUUGUCUGGCACUAACAUAUUCAGCAGAAUGCGUGUCUGUCUGUACAGUCAUCUCAUGUUCGUCAUAACAUGCACCUGCAUGAUCCAGCAGCCUUUCAUUCCUCCUUUCAUUCUGACCAAUUGACCCCUUAUUAGGAUUUAACAACUUUUUAUCCCAACCAUUCUUUUAGUGUCUGUUUCCGUUGACUUUUCUCUUCCUCAUUGAUGCAUUCCAUGUUAACCAUGCUGUGAGUCUCAAAAGCAUGACCAAUCAGAGUAGAGGAAGCAUGGUGCUUCGGUAGCCAAUGCAACAGUCCCCACAGCAACAUCCGCCCACUGGCCCCGCCCCCUUUUGCCAUGUCUGGAGGAUGGAAGGAAUCGGAUGCAGUUCUUUGACCAGCAGGGGGACCCAACACCAUAUAAAACAAGCAGAGAACAACCAGCGAAGACUUCUGAACACCAACCAUCAUCUCUGCCUUAAUUACAGGCCUCUGUGUGGAAACAGGGGUCUAUCUGACCUUCGGUGCCCCAAAAAAAUCUGCUUCUUGUUGGGUUGCCAGCUCUCUGCAGUGCUUUCUCCAUUUCUCAUCCAGUUCCUGAUGUCACAUGUGCUAAAAGAACAUGCUCACUGCCUCCUAACAAGGGACCACAUGUCUCCAGAAUCCCAUCUCAAGUGUGUGUAUUUGUGAAUGUGAUUCUUACAUAUAAAACUGUGUAUGCAUAUGGAUGCAUAUAUGCAUAUGUAUAUACCUAGUUAGUUUUUAUUAUUAAACUGUAUGUAUUAACAUCUUUAUUUCAGAAUGAAUGUUUUUAUCAUGACUUUUUUAACCGAAUGAGUGACUUGCAGGCUUUGCUUUUAAGAACCGUGCCGUAAUCGCUUUGUAACCAGUUCUUCUUCCUGUCUGAACUCUGUUCUCAAUAGGACCCUGGUCUUAACCGAUGCACUUUUUACCCCGUUGCAUUUAAAUUGGAAUUUUAGGGAGUGAGUGAUGUCGGAUGUGAAUGCUUCCUUUUGUGUGAAUGUGUUGUACAGUAAGACAACGUUGACCACUAUAUACUGGGGUUUGUGUUGGAGCAAGAGCAACUGAGAAAUAAAUACCUAUGUCUGUC